AUGGGUUGCAACGCGUCAAAGCAAGAAGGCAAUGUCUCAAGAUCUGCCCCUGGAGGAGGAUCCAAAGCCAAAGGAGGAAAGGCCAAGGCUGGAAAAUCCAAAUCCAAGGGAUUCGCAUCAGCCACAUCUGCACCCGUCCCUGAUGGCGGUGCCUGCUAUCUCGUUUACGAACCAGAUUCCUCUGGUCGAUUGGUGGAACACUACAGCAAGACAGCUAUUGAAGGAGCUAUUGGAAGAUGGACACCAGGAAAAGAUAAAAAGAUUGCUGGCUUCAAAUUCACUCAAAAUCACGGAAAAGUCAUUCUAAUUGGUAACUGUAGUGGAGGUGUUGCUGGUCGAAAGGCGUACUGUGCCGGUUGGAAUCAAUUUGUGAAGAGUGCCAAGUUAAAUAAGGGAGAAAUCAUGUUUUGGGAACCACUGGAAGGAGUCAAAGGACUCCCGGUAGAUGUUUGGUUAUACACGGAUGAUAAUAGGCCAGGUUUCCAAUCCAUGAAACUAGAGACUGGUGUUGCUGUAACAUUGGACAAGAUGCAGGGCGUUGCCACACUGCCAAAGGAUUCUGACUUUUAUGAGGGGGUACAGAUUGAUCUUUUCAAAUGGCUGGAUGAUGGGAACAGCAAAGGGGCAUCAAUCAAGUUCUAA